UGUUGAUCCAGUGUGCGCCGCUGCCGGGUGUGGAAAACAGGAAUGGCGGCUGCGAAACACCUUUAACACACACUCUCUCUCUCCGAGCUGAUGAUCAAUGAAUACUCAUGUGACGUUGUAGAACAGAAAGAAGGUUAUUAAUAGCAGCCGGCUUUAGGCGCAGACGCACAACCGCGCGAAAGCAAACAUGGAACUCUUUAGAAAUUCAGAGCGCUUGAAGGGUUUUCCACAUCUGGAUUUCGGAAAUAACAGCACGUCUUAAAUGGAAAAGCGACUGUAUAUCUGGAUUAGGAUUGCCGGCCUCCAACCAACAUGAUCAAACGGACUUUUUAACUUGUGAGAAAUGAACGGGAUCGUUAGUUCUGAUUAGUCAGCUGGUUUCGUUUGUUUCGAAUAUUUUAAUUGUUCUUUCGAAUAUUUUAAGUUCGUUACGGGGUUUGUAGUUUUACAUUUGCGUUUUUAUACAUCUUAAUUGAAAUGGAGCGUUUUAUUAAACAUUCAUACCGUCAGACACACUUUACUUUAGCGUUUUAGCAAAGAUACAAACAAAGGUACACAUGUAAACAUGAGAUCUCCAUUGGCCCCGGGCAUCAGACUCAUUACCUCUUUCUCUAGAGACAGCUGGUACCGGUUCUUCAUCCUCGUCCUCACGUUUGUCUGCUACACCAGCUACCACAUCUCACGAAAGCCUAUCAGCAUUGUCAAGAGUCAGCUGCAUAGAAACUGCUCUAAUGUCAUUCAUCCAGCAGACCUCAACAUUACUGACAAUGACACCUGGUGUGAUUGGGUCCCUUUUGACCAGAAUAAUUACCAGAAUCUGUUUGGAGUGCUGGACAAUUGCUUCCUGGUUGCAUAUGCAAUCGGCAUGUUCUUUAGUGGGAUGUUUGGAGAAAGAUUGCCCCUGCGUUACUACUUGAGCACGGGGAUGCUUCUCAGUGGGCUUUUCACUGUUCUGUUUGGUCUGGGUUUUUACUGGAAAAUCCACUCACUUUGGUAUUACUGCCUUAUUCAGGCCAUAAAUGGGCUGGUGCAGACUACAGGCUGGCCAGCUGUGGUAGCAUGUGUCGGGAACUGGUUUGGGAAGGGAAAGCGUGGAUUCAUCAUGGGCAUAUGGAACUCUCACACCUCAGUGGGGAACAUAUUGGGCUCUCUCAUUGCUGGUGUCUAUGUGUCAUCCGCGUGGGGCCUGUCCUUCAUUGUGCCUGGUAUCAUCAUUGCUUCCACUGGAGUCCUCUGCUUUUUGUUCCUGGUUGACAAACCUGAAGAUGUGAACUGCGCUCCACCACAACACCAUGAGAGUGUGGAGCAGGAACCUCUCCUGAGGAACUCAUCCAUUAAUGAGGAGAUCUUCAGCAAUCACACCUCCACAGCCGUGGAGCCAGUGGAGGACCACACAGAGGCCAUCAGCUUCUGUGAAGCGCUCAAGAUUCCUGGUGUGGUGGAGUUCUCCUUGUGUUUGCUUUUUGCCAAGUUGGUCAGCUACACCUUCCUCUACUGGCUUCCUUUAUAUAUCGCUAAUGUUGCUCAUUUUGAUCCUAAAGAAGCUGGGGACCUGUCUACAUUGUUUGAUGUUGGAGGAAUUGUGGGUGGCAUCCUGGCUGGAUUAAUAUCUGACUACAGUGGGGGCAGAGCCACUACCUGCUGUGCCAUGUUGAUCAUUGCUGCUCCUAUGCUCUUCCUGUACAAUAAGAUCGGACAGAACAGCUUGCCAACAACCAUUGGCAUGUUGCUGUGGUGUGGUGCUCUCGUGAAUGGACCUUACGCCCUCAUAACCACCGCUGUGUCAGCUGACCUAGGCACCCACGAGUGUCUACGAGGAAACUCGAGAGCACUGUCCACUGUAACAGCCAUUAUUGACGGCACUGGAUCAAUAGGUGCUGCUAUUGGACCUUUGUUGGCCGGUCUGAUCUCUCCCACUGGUUGGAAUAAUGUUUUCUAUAUGCUCAUUGCUGCUGAUGUACUGGCUUGUCUGCUGUUGACAAGGCUCGUCUAUAAGGAGAUCCGAGGAUGGUGUGGAUACAUAAGUUUGAGAGGGUGAACAUCCACACUCAUUCUUUAUGCAUUUAUGAUCAAAAAAAUGUUCAAAGAGAUCUGAGCUGCCCGCAGAACAAGAGAAUAUCGCACCUGUGAUAGAAAUUUCCGGCAGCGUAACGACAAAAAGGGACCAAGGAUUGAUCCAACACGCUUAAGCCUUUUUUUGCUCCCGGGGUUAUUUUAUAUGAAAAUUGUAACAUGAGACUUUCAUCCUUUUAUACUGACAACAGAACAAAGCUCACCUGCUGCCUUGAGGGAGGAGGAGAGUCACACACCCUCAUCCACACCUGAUCGAGACAACAAAAAAAAGAGAGAGAAUCACUAACUUCAUUGUAAUACAGGAUGUUUUAGUGCCUGAUCCAAAUGCACCUUUUUUCUAUCAUUAAAUAUGCCAUCAUUGCAUUCUCCUUUUAUCUGA